GUCCAAUGGUCUGGUACAUGAAGCUUUCCAAAUCCUCUGUUUGCUCGUUUUGAUCAUGGACCGGUGGAUGCAAAUUUGCGAGCGCUACUACCUUGUGACCAUUCGCCUGGCAGUGAAGGAUUGAGAAGAAAGAAUCUUUGCCGCCAGAGAUGAGGGCAACGACGUUCAGGCGUGGCAUGAUGUGGCUGCAGAGGAAGCAAGAUUGUCAAGCGAGCAGAGGGAGGAUCAGGGGGCGACAGGCGGAAGGCGCAGCGGGGGAGAUUGAGAUGGCAUACACUACCAAGCAGCUCGAGGCUAUCAGAGGCCAUGCGAGGCGAGGUUUGUUCGGCUUCUCACGCGCCAACAGGGCCACCGGAGAGGCUGUCGAGUCGGGGUGGUGAGAAUGCGAUAGCAAUUGAUUUCUUUCUUGCGUGAUCAUCGACACCCGAUUCUACCACGGGGAGGGUGAACGAGCAACAUAUGAUGAUAUGGGGAAACG